AAUGGUAGGAAAGGAGGGGAGAAUAAGAGAAAAGCGAACUCUAAUACUCGUAUCUAAAAUACAUCUAGAUGGCGUAAUCGAUGUUCAAAUUUCAUUUUAUCUGUAUUGUUAACGGUAAAUGUGUAUGCAAAGUAUGUAAAUGGAUGAUUGCGUGUUAAUCAUAUCUUUUGUUUUAAUGGAAAAACUAUUUAAACUAAAACUACAUAGCUCUACAUUGAUUAUAAACAACAGAAUUUUUCAUAACAUCUUUGUCAAUCCUAGAAUGCAAGAAAAAAUUGGUAACACUGCACAAGUUUGUAUUGUACAACCUGAAAUGUUAUGCUGCUAAAAUAUCUGAAUAUCAUAAAAUGAAAUUAUCAUCUUUAUCACGUUUUAUUAUUAUGUCUUAAAGUGCUGAUUAAAUAUUUAAUAUAACACAACAAAAUGCCAUGAUGUUAGUGAGGAAUAUAAUAUAAAGUUAUAUAUUUUGUGUAACAUAAGCUACCAUUGAAAGAAAUUAUGAAUAUAUAUAUAUAGCGGUGUUUUUAUAAAAUUCCAUCACUUGAUGCUAACGCCACCUAGGAGUACAAUACUAUUUAAAUUGAAUCGGGUGGUUUAAGGACUGCACGAAAGAUGGCUAAAAAGACAACACCGGCGGCAUUACAAACUGAAAUUUCUAAUAACGAGGAAUGGGAGAAGCUCCUUACAAAACCAGGGUUAAUAGUGGUCGACAUAUAUUCAGAAUGGAGUGGACCCUGCACAGGGAUGGUAAGCACUCUUAAAAAAAUCAAAAUGGAAAUUGGAGGAGAUACGUUGAGCUACGCCAUGGCAAUGUGCGAUUAUAUUACGAACUUAGAACGUUUUCAAGGGAAAAGUGAACCAACAUGGAUGUUCAUACACAAUGGUCGGAUGGUAAAUCUUAUAUUUGGUGCUGACUGCCCACAAUUAUUAAAAGUAUUAACAAUGGAAUUGCAACGAGUACAAAAUAACGAGGAACACGAGUUUUCUUUAGAUGUAUCGGAAAGAAGUCCAGAAGAAAUGAAACGAUUAAAAAUUAUCGAAGAAACUAGAAUAGCUAAAGAAACAGCAAAGAAGGCUCGAAAAGAAGCGGAAGGUAUAGCACGAUAUGAAGCCGAAAUGUUGUAUCUGACUACUUCACUAAGCAAAGAAACUUGCCUUUUACUUUUUCCGUGGGUUUUUAAGGAUGAAGAAUGUCAUAAAAGAGAUAAAAGAUCUAGCCCUCCGUACAUAGAAUUGGUUGAAGAAAUACUAAUAGGAAAUUACACUGUCGAACAAGAAAUACGAAAACGACUCGAUGAAGAUAUUCUAUCUACGAUGUUUAAUGAAUCUAAUUACGUAUUAUCAUCAAAUGCUAAACAACUACUUCUAGAUGGGAAAUGUAUGUUUAUGCGAUUAAAAGUUAGCGAAACAAAACCAGAAAUUGAUGUUCAUAAAUACUUGUUAAAUCUUUUAUUUGGAGAACCGAAAUUACCCAAUACGGAAACAAUUCUUAAUGAAGAAUGUUACGCUGGUCGACAUCGCCCUGCGUAUAUAACAAGCGAAAAUGAAAUUUUUCCAAUCGUAUGGACACCACCAAAUUGUCGAAAUAAGGCAAUUGUUUUUCGUACUAUUUUUCCAACAUAUACCAAUACUACAUAUCACUAUGAAGAUAAAACUACGAAGGUACCUAUAGUAGUAUUCAAAUAUGACUACAUGAGAAAGAAUGAGCUGAAAAUGGUUUUACAAGAAUUUGAAGACGAAGUAGUUAACUUUGGCAUUUUUGAAUCUGAUAAGCCACUAGAAGCAAAACUUAUAGCAAAGAAUAUUACGGAAUUUGAAUUGAAUACAAAAGAAAGAACAGGAUACGAGAUAUUUGUAUGUGUUAUAAAAAAAGUAGAAUGUGAAGCGUUUUUAGGAUUUGCAGGUAUUGGACCUUAUCAUGUAAGUGAAAAUCUGGAAAAGGGCAUAGAGGAAUCAAAACAAUACUUCCCAGAUGUUACUGCUUCCGAAGAAACACAAUCAGACGACGAAGAAAAACCGGAAGAGUUAAUAGAAAAUACGGAAGAAAACAAAAAUGGAACAUGAAAUAUUACUUACAGGUGUAUCUAAAUUUGCAUCUUAUUUGAAAUUAUAAUUUCAAUUGUACGUUUCAUAAAAAGUGAAGGAAUUAAUAAUAUAUAAAAAUAUUGUUAUGAAGCCAACAUUUAUUUUCCAGCCACCUAAACUUGCUAUAUGAAAGAAUGUAGAAAUAGACAAACUGUCUAAAUAUUGCAAGUCAAUGUAAGGUUAUGGUACAAUAAACGAUGGCAAAUAAACAAAAUU